UGGGCGUCAAGGUGUAUGGUGAAGUAUGAAUGUGUCCUGUGGCGAUACCGUAUGCCAUGCAUGAAUGAAUGCAAAACGCGAACUCUCAGUGCUGGGAGCUCCCUCUCGCUUUACUUUGUGCGUUGGUCUAUGCUGCUUGGCUAGUGAUCGGUACCAAGUACCAGGCCGCCCCGACGUGUCCAGACACGCCAGAAAAGAUAGAGAAAGAGGGUGCACGUUACGUAGUGUUAGCAAACCAUAGCAAUCAUCUCCAAGAACACAAACUACAUUUAUAAUAUCACCGCCACCCAGCACACAAUAUUUUUAAAUCUUGGAUCCUGGGUUCUGGAAUUUUAUCUGCCACACAAGCCAGAUAGAUAGACGACGUCGUUUUAUCGUCGUUAUAUCGCGCAUAGGGUUGGGUCCCGUUCGGCGUGCUUUGCAGCAUGUAGCCGUUAACGAGACCCAUAGAGACCGUAAAGUAACACAGUUGUUGAGUACACCAUCACCACUAUUACUACUAUCAUUAGUACUACUGCUGCUGCUGCUAUCACCACAAGUACUACUAAUCUUCCUAUCGCCACGCAUAGACAAACCCAAAAAAAUGAUGAAAGGAUUAAAGCGGAGGAAGGACGUAGGUGACCAUCCCGCGGGAGUAUGUUGAAUAUUUUUUUACCUAGAAUGCAUGAGACAAGCACAGGAAGAACCCAUGGCCAUGGGAUGAAGCACUCAUUUUUUUGCAUAAUAAAAAAACAGGGUGGAAAGGAAAGCUAGAAUAAGUUAUAGAAGGAGCAGAAGCAUUACGAUCCAGUAGCCUAUUUGCUUUCUUACACGCUUAGCGACUAAGUUUAGUACGAAAACCUCCCCCCGGCUUAUGUAUGUGCGUUUAUGGGAGUCCACCGUGGCACGGAUCGUUCCCGGAAUGAAACCCGGAGCCACGGGGUGGACAAAAUACGAUAACAAAAUGCAGGGAAAACGCCAGCGGGAACACACCAUACCAUAUGGUUUAGAAUUGGUUUCUGUUCCCCUUUCUAUCAAUAUGUUUUCUAUUUUACGAGAACUAAAGAGAAGUGAUUCACCUUUCUCUAUCCUAUAUAUCUCUCUCACUCUGACAGUGCGCUUUAAUGAAUUUAGAUGAAAAGAGAGGUAGAGGGAGCCGGCUUCUUAAAUUUCUUGUUUAUUUAUUUGCGGAGUGAUGUGGAGGAAGCAGAACCCGUUCGAGAUAAUCCUACAGUAAACGCAAAAUGCUAAAAGAAAAUACCAAAAAACAAACAAAAAAAUAAAACAAUAAACAAAUCACUCAAAAACGACACAAGGGAACGAGACGAGAAAAGGCGGGAUGCGAUUGUUGGACUGCAGAGUUAGCAAAGGGACGCGGUGGCAGUGAGUUAACGAAAGAGAACGAGAAAGCGUAAAAAUCGAAAAGUGGAUAAUAGAUCUAAACAAUGAAUAUUAA